GUUACUUUCAAGUCGCGCUGAUCCACAGAGCACAACGAACUUUUCCUCUCUCGCGUGUGAACGGAUCCUCCGAGCGCACAAAGCGGCCACAACAGCGACAACGACACAAACUCUAUUGAUAAAGUUGCCGUGUUGAUCAGCGUCUGAUAUGCCGCAGCUGAACGGUGGAGGGGGGGAUGAUCUCGGGGCGAAUGAUGAGAUGAUUGCGUUUAAAGAUGAAGGAGAUCACGACGAGAAGAUCCGCGAGAGCGCGUUCACGGAGAGCGACCUGGCUGAUCUCAAAUCAUCUCUGGUCAACGAGUCGGAGAUCAGCCAGAACUCACACUCUGCCGUGAUCAGGAGAGGUCAGCAGGAGGAUCAGAGACUUUACACUGAUAAACGAGAACAUCUGGACGACGUGCCAAAACAUCAAGAUGGAGGACUGUACAAAACUCCGUAUUCUGGAUACCCGUUUCUGAUGUUGCCUGAACCGUAUCUACCAAAUGGGCCCGUCUCACCAUCUUCCAACAAAGUGUCGGUGGUCCAGCAGGGGAUGCAUCCGUUAACGCCACUACUGCCGUACGAUCACUUCAACCCUGGCCCUACACACAUUCCCACAGAUGUCAGCCAGAAGCCAGGUGUUCACAGACAUCAGUCUCAAGACAUUUCCAGUUUCUACUCGCUGUCUCAAGGCCAGAUCCCCCCCUCCAUGAACUGGCCCAAUCAGCCUGUGUACCCUCUGCCCUCCUGUGGCUUCAGACAGUCCUUCUCCUCCAGUCUACAGAGCAGCUCGUCUUACCCCAGGUUCUCUCAUUCUCUGAUGCUUCAGUCUGGCAUGCACCCCACAGGCAUCCCACACCCCGCCAUUGUGCCUUCUUCAGGCAAACAUGAGCACGACCAGUUUGACAGGAGCAUUUAUUCGAAACCUCAUCCAGAGGCGAAGCGAGAGAAAGAGCCCAAAAAGCCGGUGAUCAAGAAACCUCUGAACGCAUUUAUGCUGUACAUGAAGGAGAUGAGAGCUAAAGUGAUUGCUGAGUGCACACUGAAGGAGAGCGCUGCCAUCAAUCAGAUCCUGGGACGACGGUGGCACGCUCUGACCCGUGAGGAACAGGCUAAGUACUAUGAACUGGCGCGGAAAGAGCGACAGCUUCACAUGCAGCUUUACCCCAGCUGGUCCGCACGCGACAACUAUAGGAUGACAGCAAAAACAUGUAAAAAGAAAUAUCACCCACAUUUAGAAUCGUCACCUACAUGCAGAGAGGAAACACGGGCAAGAAGAAGAGAAGGAAACGAGAUAAACAGCAAGACUCCAGCAUAGAUAACUCUCUUGACUGUUCCUAGGAGGAAAAAGAAGUGCAUUCGCUACCUUCAAAGAGGACGCUGCGCCAGCCCCCAUUCUUCCGAUGGAAGUGCUAUAGACUCCCCCCCAUCACCUGUCUAUCACCUGCCAAACCCCGCCUCUCCCACGCGAUGCUCCUCCUCUU